AUGAAGGUCGAAUCUGCAAUCCCUGAAUGGCUUGUGAGGGAACGUACGAUUCCCCCCAACAUGCCCACCAACUUUGACCCUCCUUUUGAACUCUACACCUCCCGGUUCCCCAGGACCACCAAAGACCUCGUUUUGGCUGUUGUUGGUGCACAAUACCCAUCGGCGUCGCGAAAUGAUGGGAACGCCAUCAAGGCUGUUUCAUCGUUCAUCGACCUGAGCAGUCCGCGUUCACGUCCCGGCUUCCACGAAGUCGCCGCGGUUACGGAUAACCAGGGACACUUCAACAUUGCUGUCUUGCUCUACUGGAAGAGCAAGGCAAACUACGACGAGUGGCUCGCCACAAGCGGCUUCGGCCGGUGGUGGGACGAGUUGACACCAGGCACCGACCAGCAUGGCUGGUUCCUGGAAGUCUUCUACCCGACCAUUGACCGUUUCGAAACCGUCAUCACCACAGAGGUCCCUCAAGGGGCAGCUAACCUGCGCGAGACGAUGAGCGGCCCGAUCCAGGAGCACGUCUACUGGGGCAGCAUGCGUGAUCGGUUCCCCAUUUCACAAACAGAUGCCCUCGUCGGCGAGACAAGCCACAUCCAUCCACGAAACGAGACGCCCGCCCCUCCAUCUGCCACCGGACGCCGCGUUGUGCCGGGGAAGAAGAAUCUCGUCGUCAUCCGCUCCGGACAGGACUGGUCCGUCGCCGCGCCUGAGGAGCGGCAACUGUAUCUGGACACGAUGCACACUGUGCUGGUCAAGGGGAUGGACUUUCUCCGCGACCAAGGCGACCAAGUCGGUUGCUUCAGCUGUCGGUUCAUGGAGAUUGUCGAUCCCGUGACGCAGACGGGCGGCACGGAUCAGACCUUUGGGCUGGCGUACUUUGACAGCCUGGCAUCGCUUGAGAAAUGGAGCAAAGAGCACCGCACCCAUCUCGAGAUAUUUGCCGGGUUUUCCAAAUAUGCCAAAAAGCUUGGGGAUAGCAUGAGCCUGCGGCUGUUCCACGAGGUGUUGGUACUCGAGCCGGAGCAGCAACGUUUUGAGUACAUUGAUUGCCAUGAGGGAACAGGCAUGUUGACUGCUGGGAGUUGA